GUGGGUCCGGUUAAGAUUCAGAACAAAUAAACUUGGUAUGGUGAGAUUUGUCCUCACGUUCUGCGGCCAAUCGUACGCGGCAGCAGCCGCGGGGCUCAUUGGUAGGACUGGCCAGAGACGGAGGUUUGAAAUUUGAAGAAUGUCCUACCUUAAGGGCAUUCGAACGAUCGUAGGUGAGGACGGACCGCAGACCGCGCACUCGAUUCCCGUGCAAAAUCAUUGCGUCCUUACAGAAUUUUCAUUCCUGCCCCGGAUGCUGACCACGUGGCGAAGGACUGCCUGCACGAUGAGAGGUAUGCUCCCCGUCAUGUGCUCGACUCGUGGUACGUUGUCGGUAAGGAAUCGCCUUGAAUACCUCAAGCUGUGAGAAGGCUGUGAUGAGGUCCGACGGAAGUCUGUAGAUAUUGAUUCGGCUUGGAAUCAAUGAUAAAGCGAAGCAGACUAGACUACAGGUGCGUGCUCAAUAUAGAAAUGUACACCCGACAUUCUUCUGCUUCGGUUUUGAGCUGACAGUCUUUUCAAUUCGAUCUUCAUGUUGGGCUUUUGUAACAAUAAUGAGGUACUUUAUAUCCUGAGAUCAUCAGUCAUCUGUAUGAGGAAAUCUGAUUUUUUCCCAAAGUGGUAACUGCGGUCAGAAUAGUAACGGUGGUACAAAAGUGCCAAAAUAAUUUAUCAUUGCAACUGUAGCCAUAUUCUCGUCAGAAUCUACGACCUUAAAAGAAUCGAAAUUGCAGUGGCAACCUACAACUUUCGAUAUAGUGAUAUUCCUCUAUCUGAACUUUGAGUUAAUUUGCAAGCCAGUUCAACUGCUAAGUUGUCGAGCUCACCAAUGUGAUUUGUCCUCGAGGGGGACCUCUGACUGUAUACCCCUACCUCUGGAGGCAUAGAACCUAUUGCCAGCUAGCUGUUGUGCUACUUUCGUCGACUGUGUCUCCUGGACUCAUCAACACAAUCAUGUAUCUUCAGCUGCAGUUCAUAUCGUCUUCUUCUUGUAUGACCUUUAAUACAUGUGUUAGUUUGUGAUUUUCACGAUCAAUAUUCAGAAUCCAGCUUGAGGAAAUCUUAACUACACUGUUUGCUAUCACUUUCUCGCCAAAAUGUAACUCCCAGACAGCUUGUGAGAGGCUUCAGACAGGCACGGGAUGAAAUAGGGGCUCGAGAGUUCAACAAUUCAGAGGAAUAAAACGAGACUUAGUAAGAAACAGUAGCUGGUCUGAAGGCGUAUUGAAUGAAAUCUGACGCUGCACACCGAUCUUAAGUUUUUCAUUACCAAGUUAGCAAUGAGAGAUAUUGUUGAUUUUAAUAUACAAGGCAAAAUUAUCAUACCUGUACAAGAAGAAACCAGCUCCGAGUGUGGAAGAUUAUCCCGUCACACCUGCUGAGCGUACGUGACGGGCUUCUGUGAAACUCGAGGAGCGGAUUGACCCUCUUCUACAUGGGAGUCAGUGGCCAAAUUCUUUGGUUUUGAAAAGAAAUACACGUUUUAAAUCCUAAGUGGAUACUGUGAGCAGUCUCUCAAGUCUCCAUGGUCUUCUGUACAGCUUAGUCAGGAGCUGUGCUGGUUACCUAGACUUCCCGACCGUGCAGGUGUCUUUCGGUGUGUCUGUUCUCGGUCUCUGGUACUUCUCCUUCAGCUCAGCUCACUGAAGUCUGAUAUACGUUUGGUCCUGACAUUUUUUCAUACAUUGAUAUAGUCAUGAAAUGUGAUAUGUUCAACGAUUAACUAUAUGGAGAAAAUUAAGAUCUUACUUGGCUAGCUAGUUGAAGGACAGUGAAGUCGCUGUGACUGAAGCGUCCUAGAACUAGAUAAUGCUGUUUUAGAUUGCAAGUGGAAAAGAGCAGUCGUGAUCUUAUUCACAGUGCCAGAGCUCUUCUGCACUGCACUGAUGCAAUUAUCGUCCAGCUGUCUGGAGAUGUAAAGAGAACUCGUGAAGUUCACCAUCCACAGUUCCCAGUGUGAGAUAUUUUCCUCCUCCAACUGACCAGACUCUCAUAGCUGAAUCCAACAGACUAUGCUUUCAAUGCGCGCAAAUAUUUUGCUUGAAGCUUUUAUAAGGUGACAUUAUUUCAGAAGUUUCUAGGACUCCUUUUCAAGUGUACAGAGAUUUGGCGUAGAUUAUAGAUAGAUUAAGAGCACUUAAAAUUCACUAGCGAGGUUGUAAGAAAAUAGUAUGCCAGUAGCCAUAUAUACCCUUUCUAGAUCCUCUAGCCUGUACAGCAUAUCUUUAGUCACCAGGUUCUCUUGCACUAUCUUCGAUAUAGAUUAUACGUGAUCAUUGCCUCCGCUCGCCUAUAUGUAGGAACAGAAACUCAAUGUAAGAGUGGACUUUCUGUCUGCCAAAGGAUAUAUAUCUU